CAAUAACAAAAUUUACAAAAUUUGACGUGUCACAAAAUAAAAAUAUUUUUUCCCAUAUAUACACUAAAUGUAUAUAAAUAAAGUAAUCGGCGGAAUCGAAAAUACUACCCCUUAGAAUGUCGCCUUUGAAGGUGCUGCAGGCGAAUUUCCAUUAUGCUACCAAUUUGAAUAUAUGUGCGGCCAUUCGCUCGAUUCGUCCUUUACUGAAGAGUCCCAUUGCCCAAGUGAUAAUAUCGUUUGUUGUGGGCUAUUAUGCCACGACAAAGAUUGCCCAGGUCUAUAUACUAUACAGAACACAUGCCGGCAGCAGUCAAGCGAAACUGGAUGAUGAAUCGUCGCAGGAAAAUUAUACUCAGGACAGCCAGGAGGGCCAGGAGAGCCAGGAGGACCAGCACAGCCCAGCUCUGAAUGAAGCUCCGUUGCCCAAUGCACCGGAUACACUGCGUCUAACCCGGCUACAGCUGAUGGCCUACGAUGGCAUGCGAGAGGGCGAACCGGUGUACACGGCGCUCAAUGGCAACAUCUAUGAUCUCAGCCCCUCGCGCGAAACUUUCCUGAAGCCCGGUCCUUACUCUCUGCUCGCCGGCAACAAUGCCAAUCAAGUGCUCAACAUCACAUGCGGCUCAAUGGGCGUGUCCACAGCUGAUCUCAUCCAGCGCUGGGAGCGCAGCCUGAACGCCGAGUUCCAAAUCAUUGGCCAGUUGAUUGACAGCGACGAUGACUCUGAUAGCGAUGAACUGUUGUAGACAUGACUUUUCAUUUUAGAUGAAUAUUCAUAAUACCAAAAAGUCAUACAUAUAUAUGUAUAUUUAUAUGUAUAUUUAUAUGUACAUAGAUGACCUCUCGUAUUAUUCAAGACUAAAUUAUGAACCAAAUUACUCUUUAUUACUUCUCCCACUCUUAGCUGCUGGGUUAUAUUAUAUUCCUCUUUGUUAUCAAUAGCUUGUGAAUAUCUUAUAAAAUAUAAAAAGCAUAAUUUUAUUAAA